AUGGCACCUCUAGCAGAUCUCCAUGAGCUUAGCACACCCUGUGCAUAUUACCUAGGCUCCACCGGAGCUCCUAAGGGGAAACCAGCGGAAGAAGAAGAUGAUAUUGACCUCUUUGGAGAGGAAACUGCGGAGGACAAGGAAGCUCUGAAGAAGCUGUCCGAUUCCAAGAAAAAUGAAAAGAAGAAGAAGCAGGUUAUCAAUAAGUCCAUGUUGGUUAUUGAAGUGAAGCCCAGCAGCUCUGAAACUAACUUGGACGACAUCGAAAAGGAAAUCAGAAAGAUCCAAAUCGAAGGAUUGACUUGGGGAGAGAACACCAAAAAAGUCCCCAUCGCAUUUGGCCUCUAUAAGUUGCAAGUGCAAUGCGUCAUCCUCGACGACAUCGUGGAGACGCAGUCAAUCACGGACCGGAUCGAAGAGAUCGGCAUGAAUGAAGAAGAUAAGAAAAAGCGGGAAGCCAUGAUGGAUCAUGGCGAGGAAGACGAAGACGAUGAGGAGCUGUCUGGGCUCGUUCAAUCUGCUGAAAUUGUCUCGUUCAAUAAGCUCUAA